GCAGCGACUCCGCGGUGGGGACGCGGCCUUGGUUAUUUCUUUCUUCUCUUUUAUUUGGUUUUUUUGUUUUCCCCCAUAGGUGUUAACCAGCUGCCCGGUCAGGCCGUCUCUCCGCAGUGUCGCCGGAGUAGCAGCCUGGAUUCGAUCCCCGCGGUUUGAGGGCGGCACAGACGCUGCGAGAGGCUCAGGUGUGGCCUUGUGAGGACCCCGCCUGCCAGCCGGGGCUCUGCUCACAGACCGACAUUGGAAUAGUCUGCCCAGGGCAGUGGUGGAGUCACCAUCCCUGGAGGUAUUUAGACGAGCAAGAGUCAGAGGAAAUCUGACAACUCGCUACAGAGAGCAAGUUCCAUCCAGUACAUGUUGUGUGCCUUCUGGGAGAUUCAGGUGGUCAUGAAAGAAGGAAGCAAAAAGAUAAAAGUAUCCAGACAGCCUGGGGCUCCUUUCAAAUGAUCAGACUCCCCACUACUGCUUCUGAACAGAGAAAGACUGUAAAGUGAUUUCACUGAACUUGACAGACCAGCAUUUGAAAAGAGGUGUCUAUCACAGAUGAAGGUAAGUGCCAUGUCCAUCUCACAUGCCCAGUGUUGUCACACAGCUAAUAAAGGUCCCUGUGGCCCUCUGCUGCCAAGAUGUUCAGUAACACACUUUCCUGUUUGCGUGUGGAACCUGAGUUCACUUUGCACGCCCCUGAUAUCCUCAGCAAAAAGGAAUUUCAUUGAUCCAUCCCCAGAGGCUUCCAGUUUCAUACGGGGAGCUCGUGUGUUGGCACGGAGAGAAGCUGAUGGCUAUUACUACCUGGGUCACAUUGCCCAAGAAGUGAAGGGCUCCAGGGAACACUUUUUAAUAGAGUUUGACAGAAGUGGCACUCAGAAGGGCAAAGUCCAGCUUCACACGCAGGAAACGCCUCUCUACGACAUCCUCCACUACGAAGAUGCCAGGCAACAGCCUCUUGCUCCAGGAGACAGAGUCCUGGCACCAUGGGAGGCCAGUGCUGAACGUUUUGGCCCAGGCACUGUGCUAAAGGUUAUGGAGGACAAGGAGGCACAUUUAGCUUACAAGAAGAGGGGAGUGCUUGUGAAUUUCUGGAAUGGGCAGACUAAGGAGGUGUCUUCUGACCAAACUUUGCGGAUCCCUCUGCCCUUAAGCGAACGCAUCAUCCUAGAACUGCAGAUGCCUCUAUCAGCCAGGCAGAUGGUGGUAGAUUCAAGUUUGGAUUACCCCUACAUCGUGCCACCAGGCUACAGAGCCUCAGGCCAUUACAGGCAGGCUCACUCAGUCCUGGACUACUGGCCCAGGGGUCUGUAUUGGACUCAGCCAUGUGCUAAGUGCAGCUGCAGGUGUCCCUUGCUUCCCCGAUGCUGCCUUGCAGAAUGGGAACCCACGUGGCAUAUGGGUUGCAAAUUGCAGCAGAAAGAUGCAUUCAUCCCAGGAACAAAUUUGACCAAAGAAGAACUCACCAAGAAAGUAGAAAAGCAGUUGUCUGAAGUGAGGAUUUCGUCUCCAGAAAGUGUUUGCAGAGAGGAAGACAAGAAGGAAGAUCAGAGAUUGAAGACAGAAAAUGUUCCAAAAGAUAUUUGGUCUGGUUUGGAAGAGAACACUGAGCUUGUAGAACACAAGAAGAGUCCUCAGAGGGAAAGAGCUCAUGCUAUGGUUGAUACUGCUGUCAACACAGACAGGUGGUUAGUGGAGACAGCCCACAAGGAAGAAGCAGAGAGCAGACAGCAGGAUGCUGAAACUGAGGCUCAUGUUAAACAUGAACAUGGUCUUUUUGAGUCCAGGGUGGCAGGAGCCCCAAUCCAACAUUCCCAAAGGAACCUCCAACAUUCCCAAAGGAACCUUUCCCUGGGAAGAAAUGCUUUGGUUCCUUUCAGGCGCCAGAGCUUCUUCAACCGAGUGAAUCAAUCACUAGAGAAAGACAGCCUGACCAUCAGAUCAGCUCUGCACGUACAGAGACCACACAGGACCCCCAACCUGCAGGCUAGGAGAGCCACAAAUCUAAAUCUUCUGAAAGACAAAAGCAUUACAAAAUCAGUUGCUAAUGGUGCAUCUCAGGAGAGAUGGAAAGAGAUGGACUUCAGCAGAGCCAAGAUUGAGCACAAAAGGUGGCAAGAGGAACAGAGGCAGCUGAAGAGGGAGCAGCAGCAAGAGGCAGAUGGCAUCUGUCGCCAGCUGUGCAGGGACAACAAGAGGCAGAGAUUGCAUCAGAGAACAUUGCAAGGGCUGGAGAAACAGCUGGAAUGCAAAGACAAAGCUUUGCAGCACAAGGCACUGCUCCAGGCUGCUUGGGCAGAGAGGAGCAGGAAGGAAUCCUCCUUGCCAGAAGAGGAGAAAAGGAAAGCCAGUCAGAGACUGCUGUUUCUCAGGACACAGCGUUUGCAGAGAGAGGAGUUGCAGGCGGAACGCAGUAAAAGGAGAUCUGAGCAAGAGAAAGAAAGGCUGAAUUUUCUCAGGAGCAGAAUGAAGUCACGGCAGGAAACCCUGGAACAAGAAUCACGGGAGCAGGACAGGAAACAAAAACAGCACCAGGCUGCUAAAGGGAAAGUGUUCCAGAGCAGAGAACGUUCACACCAGAAGACAGAAAAAGAAGGCCAGAAACUCUGUGACCUCCAGAAGUACCUCAGGGAACAGAAUCUUCUGAUGCUCCGGGCAUUACUGCUGGAGUGA